AUGCUCUCCUCCUUCCCGACUCCCUCACUCUAUAUCCGCGACCCAGGCCCAAACUCGGCAUCGUCUGUCUCUUCCACGGGAACACUCACUUUCCAGCAACAACAGCAAAUGUAUCUCCAAGAAAAGUACAUGCAAGGACCACUCUCGGCGGAUCAUAUGAGCGAGGGUGCAAAGAUGAAGGCAGCUCUUUUAGGUAAUGGCAUGAACCCACCAAGGGCUCGUGUUCGUUCCGAAGACGGUCGUCAGCUCAAUCAUAACGAGGGCAGUGGGCGCACGACCCACUCCUUCCCUUCUCCAACCUUUGCUACCUCAGGUGGUGGUGCCACAAAGCCUCCCAUGCUCCGAACGUCCGCCUCUGAGGCUAAACUCUCCCACCGUGCGUCUGGACAGAACCAGGCUCUCAACAGACCGAGCCAUUCUCAGCCCAGCCCUCUCCCACGAGAGUCGCCAGCAACACCUUUCCCCGUCAAUUACAGCACAGCUGGCGAGCACCUGAUGGACGUCUCUGGGCAGGAACCAUCCUAUUUCCAAGGAGCCAACAGGAAUAACUCUCUCACUCCAGCCUCUGCAGAAACCAAUCAAUACGACAGCCAGCAGCAGCAGCAAUCGUUCCACGGCUAUCAGGGCCAGGGAGGGAAACCCAUGACGGAUACUGACAGAAAAAAGUCCGGGACUUCGCCCCUUCCUUCCCCAAUCGGAAAUCCGACAUUCCAGCAGGUUGGAUUUGGGCACGAACCCCCAGUCGACACGAAUCGUUGGGACAAGCGUCAACACCAGCAAUCCCCUUCCAACCGACCUGAGAACAACAACAGCAACAAUAACACCAUCGAACACCAGCAGCAGAAGCACCAGCCGACAUUUUACACUCCCCAGGGUCAGGGUCACCGUCAGGAGGAUCACAUGUUCCAGAACCAUGCACCAUACCAACAAUCUAAUAAUGUGCCUUACGGACCAAUGGGACACCAGCCCUAUGGAAUGUAUGAGCAGGAACCAUACAUGCAAAAGUCGCACCCUUAUCAGCAUCAGCAGCACCAACAACAACAUAAUAUCUACCAAAACCAUCCACCACCACCUCAACAGUACCAAUCAUCACAUCACUACCCACAACAGCAACAGCAAAUUGGCUAUUCAAACAGUAACACCAGCCGACAGUCGUCCUACUCCUCCAGGACGGUCUCGCCCCAGCCCUUCCAGUUUGAACAAAAGCACUUUAAUUUCCAAACCCAGGAGCUGAUUGCUGUCAAACCAAGGCCUUUCCAGCUGGUGGACUUUACGAUAAACAGAACCAUCGGAACAGGAUCCUGUGGAAGGGUGCAUCUUGUCCAGUCGAUCUACAACUCUCGCUUCUACGCCCUCAAAGUCCUCAAGAAGAAACAGAUUGUCCAGUCGAACCAAAUCGAGCACGUCAACGAGGAGAAGCGCAUUCUGGAACAGAUUCGACAUCCGUUCUUAGUCAAGACUUGGGGUACCUUCCAGGAUCAUGCCAGUUUGUACAUUGUCAUGGACUAUGUCGUCGGAGGAGAGUUGUUUAGCGUGUUACGUCGCAUGCAGCGAUUCUCGAACUCUGUGGCCAAGUUCUAUGCGUGCCAGGUACUGUUGGCGCUGGAAUAUCUCCACGGCAACAACAUCAUCUACCGCGAUCUCAAGCCCGAAAACAUUUUGAUCGAUGCGCAGGGCAACGUCAAGAUCACCGACUUCGGGUUUGCCAAGCACCUGGCCGACAACGACACUGCAUGGACAUUCUGUGGAACGCCCGAUUACCUCGCUCCAGAGGUGAUCAAGUCUAAGGGCUACGGCAAGGCGGCCGACUGGUGGUCGUUUGGGAUCUUUAUCUUUGAGAUGCUGGCGGGUUACCCGCCCUUCUACGACGACGAUCUGUUCAAGAUGUGUCAAAAGAUUGUUGAUGGGGAGAUGCGGUAUCCCAAGUACUUUGACGCACUCGCCAAGGAUCUGUUGAAACGACUGUUAGUGUCAGACUUGACCAAGCGGUAUGGAAACUUGAGAGAUGGAUGUCAUGAUAUCAGGAAUCAUCCAUGGUUCGAGGGUGUUGACUGGUCGAUGGUCUUGAGGAGAGAGAUCGCUGCGCCCUUUGUCCCUGAUGUCAAAUGGGACGGCGAUGCCAGCUGUUUUGGUUUCUAUCCCGAAGAGGACGACGAUGACGACGAAAUCAAGGGGCCAAAGGGCAACAGCAAGGUCAACUCGGACUCUGCAGCAUCCAGUCCAUCCUUGUCCGACAAGGACCACGAUGAAGACAUGGCCACAGACUUCCGCGAUCUGUUCCCAGACUUUUAG